CAAACUGCAGACACCUACGGUACUUCCUCACACUGCAUCAGUUGAGUUUCCCCGCGGCUCCUCGUCAGCUGGCCGUGCGUAAUUACCCAAGAGUGGAGUUGCGCCUUUUCCCCCUCAACUCGGGUUUUGCGCGCUGGUUCUUGCGCACUACCAGGAGCGACUGGCAACAUCUCCGACCAGCACUACUUUGAUUUUUAUCAAAUGGAGGGAGCAGACUGCACCAGUGAGAGCCAAACGCCGACAGCACUCUGAACAGACAAGCCUUCAGGAGCCGUCAUGUACUAGUGACAGACGGCAGUUGUAGAGCAAGAAGAAACGGCAGACACUGACAAAUAUGAGCGGCGGAGAAAUCAUCUGCCAAGGCUGGCUGAGAAAGUCACCACCGGAGAAAAAACUGAGAAGAUAUGCAUGGAAGAAACGCUGGUUCAUACUCCGCAGCGGCCGCAUGAGCGGUGACCCUGAUGUUCUCGAGUACUACAAGAACGACCACUCCAAAAAACCCAUCCGGGUCAUUGACCUGCACUGCUGCGAGCAGGUGGACGCUGGCCUGACCUUUAAGAGGAAGGAGUUCCAGGACAGCUUUGUGUUUGACAUCAAGACCUCAGACCGCACUUUUUAUCUUGUAGCUGAAACUGAGGAGGAUAUGAACAAGUGGGUCCGCUCCAUCUGUCAGCUGUGUGGGUUUAACCAGUCAGAUGACAACCACGAUGGCAGGUUACACCAUAUGCCCCGUUCUGUUGGAGCAGAUGUCACCGGCCCAAUGGCUCCUCUGACUGGAGAACGCAAGUCCUCUGCCCCCAUCCACUCCAGCCAGCCAGUCCUCUUCACCUUUGAUGUGCCUGUGCGCCACACACACCAUAGCUCCUUGCCCAACAGCGCACCCCAGGACUACCUCCUCCUCCACCAGUGCAUGAGCAGGAAGACAGAGAGUGCACGGAGUGCCAGUUUCUCCCAGGCCACACGAAGCAAUCUGCUUAUGGGGAGCGAUUCUGCAGUGCAGAAACUUUCCCAUGGCUUUUCACACUGUCUGAAUGGUAUGGGGGCUCAGUUGCAUGGCUUCUACAGCCUGCCAAAGCCAGGAAAACACCAGUUACCAGUGCAUGAUGACUCCCCCCAGGAGGCCUGUUACGUGCUUCCACGGGGUUACAGCUCUGAGGCACCGGCUCACAGCGGUCUAGGUGAGCCUGAGCUAGAGAACGAGGAGAUUUACACCUUCAAAACACCCUGCAAUGCCCUCGCCACCAUGCACAGCAACGAGCGUCCACCUGACAAUUACGAUCUUCCUACACCACCUGGCUCUUUCUACCAGAUCCCUCGGACAUUUGAUAAGAAUCACAAUGCCUUGACACCCUCCAGCUCUGAGUCCUCCUGUGCUCCUCCUCCGAGGCCCCCCAAACCUAGCCAGGGGUCAGAGGGGCAGUCGGGGAGUCCCCAGUCAGUAGGGAGCCAGAACGGAGAGAUGACGUCUGCAGUGUCGGUUAUCCCACGCAGGAAUACUCUCCCAGCUGUGGAGAACAUCAGACUGCACAGAGGCUCCUCCUUUGAAAUUAACAACCAUCACCGUCCCAUCCAUUUCAACAGCUCAGGCCAGUCUGUGGAGUCAGUCAAUGAUGGGUUCAGCUCCUACCUGAGGACCAAAGCCCCUCUGACUCGCUCAGACAGCGGCAACUCAGAUGACAACUAUGUUCCCAUGAAUCCUGGCUCCUCGCCACUCAGCGCUGCCCAGGCUGACAGUCCUAAGAAUAUCUACAUCCCUAUGAGCCCUGGGCCACAUCACUUUGAUUUCCCAGGAUUCUCUGCAACAUUACCUGCCCGUAAGGGCAGCAGCGCCUCCCUAUGUCACCGACCCAGCCGUCUCAGUGAUGUCACACCACCACCCAUCAACCGCAACCUCAAACCUAACAGGAAAUCCAAGCCAACACCUCUUGAUUUGAAGAAAAAUGGGAUCAUUGAUGAGCUGCCAUUUAAGAGCCCAGUCACCAUGUCCUGGACAAGGCCCAUGCCUGCUAUGAACUCCAUGUCCUCCCAGCAUUGUCGACCCAUCUCAACACAAAGCAUCACCAGCACCGACUCUGCAGACAGCGAGGAGAAUUAUGUGGCUAUGCAGAAUCCAGCGUCUACCUCCCCAGCUGUGAGUGGCACCAACAGCCCGGCCCCUAGGAAGUGUGGCAACGUGGACUACCUAGCACUGGACUUCCAACCUGGGUCACCCAGCCCACACAGAAAACCCUCUACAUCCUCUGUGACCUCUGAUGAGAAGGUGGACUAUGUGCAAGUUGACAAGGAGAAGACCCAGGCACUGCAAAGCACCAUGCAGGAGUGGACCGAUGUGCGACAGUCUACUGAACCUGCCAAGGGGGUCAAAUCCUGACACUGACCUGUAUAAAAAAAGACAAAAAAACUAAUUUCCAAUCUUACAUCAAGCAUCUCCAGGAUCAUGUUUCUAUCAUUACUAUGAAUGCUGGUUGGACUUGUUUGAGACUGAAAUAUAUGGACAAAAAGCCAUAACCUAUCCUAUGCCUGUUCUCUGUGAUGAUUUUUUACUGCAGUCCACUGCUAACAUGCAGGAUAUCAGGCCAUACAGCUGAAGUGCCCUGCCAAAGCUCUUCAUGCAGACUGUUAUAACAGUGUAUGGACAAUUGAUAAUGUGUAUAAAAAUAUCAUCCUUACUCAUCGAUCCAUCCUUUAUAAAUUGCAAUUGUUUCAUCAAAGCUGUCCCACCCAACCCCUCUGCAACAGUCAAACAUUUUAUUUUGUAUCUAGCAGGUAAUUUACCGAAUUGCUGCCAUUUAAAAGAGUAGCAGAGGCUAACUGGUCGAUAACCAUAUUAAUAUACUAUUACUGGUCUCAGGAAUGCCAAGAUGCACUCCAAUUUUGGCAUGCAGGCAGUCUCUCUCUUUUCACUUCAAUCUAUCAUUUGUGCUGAGUCUUGCAGAAGUAAUGAAGAGAUUAUUUUCACUGCGGGCAAUCAUUUCAGCUUAGCAGUGCAUGUCUGGUAAGAGGAGGGGGGAAAAAUACAGACUUACAAAUACGUUAAGGCCCGUGUCAGAAGCCCUAAUGAUAAUGGCUGUUGCCUCGGUUUCAAUUAAGUAUGAGCCCAAACCAUAUUUAAAAGCUGUCAGGCUGGAUGGCAGGCCAAUUAUUUCAAUGCAGGUACAGUCAGUAAGGUCCAAAUGUUCAGAAUGAAGAAAACAAGACAGAUGAGAAGAAGCUUCUUGUAUCCUUGUAGGUUUGACUUUAGUGGUCAAUUCACUUUAGGUAAUAUUCUAAUACAUUUCAUUGUCAGUGUGCACUGACCAAGAGUUGGAGGAAGUAAAAAUAAAGCAGGAUGUGUACUUUCCAAGAAGUUCAGAUAUCCUCUCUCUCCAUCUCUCUCUAGAGACCAUAAAUACAAGCUAAGUAGAAGAAUAGCAUAUUUAUGUUUUCUGGAAUUCAACCACUCCCUGAUGUAUGUCUUCAGUCUUUGAUAUGCCAUACACUACUGCUAUGUCUCUGAAGAGUAAUUGCUUCCUGUAUGUAAAUUAUUAAUAGAAUGACAUAUUUGCAGCACAUCUUGUUGACUGUUCGAAAUGUGAUGCACUUGUCUGAGACAAAAAGUGCAUUACAGUAAUAGGUAACACUUUAUUUGGAAAGUGCACCUACAGAUAGUUUAUAGAUUACUUGGAACAUUUUAACUGUUUCGCUUUGUCUGUAGAUGUUUAACAGAUUAUCAAUAGAAUAUAUGUGACAAUUCAUGAACAUACCCUAACCAAGAUUUUUUUUGUGCCUAAACCUAACCAAACCUAGAAAAGAGUUUUAUUUGUGAAACAGUUGAAUUGUUGAAUCUAAACUAAUAAGCUGUUGAAAUGUUACAAAUACUCUUAUAUACUAUAUGUAGGUGGACUAUCUAAAUAAAGUGUAACCCAGUAAUAUAACAUUGUGCUUUUCUUGCAAAGGCAACCUGCCACAAUGAAGAUUUGCCAGUGAUCAUAGUCACCUAAAAAUAGCUGAGGAAAGAACGUUUUCUUCAUUUCCCAAACUCUUCUAUUUGUUUAAUUUGCCUUACAUUUUUAUUUCAGUUUUGCCUUGGAGAAAUGUAAUUAUUCACUAUAUUAUUCAAGUAAGAGCCAUAUUAUGUUUAGUGCAACUGAAUGAUCAGUUUCUAGUUUAACCUAAGUCCAGUAUUUCAUUGUGGGCUGGAACCACUGAAGAGUGACCCAUUUGACCUUAAUAUGAAUAGUGUGGCCAUGCAGUGCUAGAUGGUAUUAUUGAUUAUUUCAUUAAGAUUUACUUCUUAAUGUUUUUCUACCAUUUUUACUGCUUUUUUGUAUUCGUUUUAUCAUUGUUUUCUACUGAUAAGUGUAAGCAAGUGAUAUUCACAAGGAUGGGGUCUGGCUAAAUUAAGCUAAGUUUGUUACAGUGUGUAUUUUAUUCCUUUUUAAAUUCAUAAAUUGAAUUUUAUGAUCUAUACCUAAAAUGGGGAAGCUGGCAGUUUGAGUUGCACUGCCAAAGACCUUCCCGGGUGAACUGUGAUUCACAAAGAGCAAGAAAGGAAAGAAAAAACUGAAAAGAAAAGAAAGAAAAGCCUGUCUCUUUGUCAGUCUCUGAAGUGAAAUGGAUGUGUAAUUUAUUAUCUAGAGAGACCCGUUGUAAGCAAAAGAGCCGUCUAUGUGUUGUGGUAGAUUGUGAGUUGUAGUAUGUUAAAUGACAGCCUGACUGUGCAAGAUUGAAAACUCUGCUCAGAUCUACUGUCAGACUGUCACUGGGUUGAUGUACUGUACUAGAAGAGAUCAUUUUUAACCACUGUUAUUGCUACUACUGUAAAGCAUUUGCAGAUUGCUUGUGUGUUAAUUUAUUAAUUUAUUGUGUGUUUUGCAGUUGAUAAUUGUAAUAAGGAAAAAAAACAACAACGACCAAACAAGGAAACCUUCUCUCUACUAACAUUGAUGUAUGCAAACUGUCUUGAUAUUGUGAAGCAAUAUGACAAAUGAUGCCAGUGUGAUGGUAAUGUGGUACAGUUCAUUUGGGAUACACAAGAAUACAAGACUUUGUUAUUCCUGUAUUAUGGUAGACUUAAACUGUGGACAUAGAAUAAAUCAAGAAGUGAAA